GCCUGUAGCUUCCUUUUAGUGUAAACUGUAACUUGUUAUUCUCUUCAUUUGAAACUUUUAAGGUGAUAAUAAAAAUGUUACAGUACGGGAUUUUGCUGACGAUUAUUUCAUGUGUAAGUAGUCAAUCAUUGACGUCCUCUGAUUCUGUGGUGAAGAAACCUGGAGAAUCAGUCACUCUCUCGUGCACUGUGUCUGGAUUCUCUAUGAGCAGCUACUAUAUGUCAUGGGUCCGUCAGAAACCACAGAGUCCUCUGGAAAGGAUUGGAUAUAUAGAUACAGGCACAACUGCAUAUUACGCUCAGUCUCUGCAGGGACAGUUCUCCAUCACUAAAGACAACAGUAAAAACAUGCUACUCUUAGAAAUAAAAAGCCUAAAGAUGGAGGACACAGCUGUGUAUUACUGUGCAAGAGACUAUGGGGGGAACCACUAUUUCGACUACUGGGGAAAAGGAACCCAAGUCACCGUUUCUUCUGCUCAACCAUCUGCGCCACAGUCUCUCAUUGGUUUGGCUCAGUGCGGUUCUGAUUCUGAUGGCUUCCUCUAUCUUGGCUGCGUGACAAGAGGUUUCUCGCCCGCGGACUCAGUUUCUUUCACAUGGACAAAUCCUGAGGGGAACGCGGUGAAUGAUUUCGUGCAGUAUCCAGCAGUCGGAGAUGGCGGAGUUAUCACCAAAAGCAGCCACCUGCGCGUGCAGAAAAGCGGCAUGGAUCCCAAUCGCCCGUACGGAUGCAAAGCUGCAAAUGCUGUCGGUGAAAAGAAAAUUUACGUUCUUCAGGCAGCCCCACCGCCAGAUAAGAGAGCAUCUGUGUUCUUAACAUCUCCUACAAAAGCGGAUUUAGAGAAUGGAACAGCUACUUUCAUUUGCUUAGCCAAGGAGUUUUCCCCUCAAAAUCACUCAUUUAAGUGGCUUCAGAAUGGUGAGGAGGUAAAAGACGUGGUAGCUGAUGAUUGUUUAGGCAAGAAAACCAAUGUAACUGUUUACACCGCCACAAGCGUUUUGCAAUUGGAUGCUGACGAUUGGACCAAGACACCUGGAACCAAAAUUACGUGCACAUUCAACCACAAAGCUGGAAGUGAUACUAAAGAAGCAACUAACACAGAAUCUUCAGCAGAAUGUGUUUCUGCUCAUUUUAUCCCUCCCUCCUGGGAGGACAUGUUCCUGAAAAAAAGUGGGAGUCUAAAGUGCAGAGCUACAGGAGAAAUAGGAUUCAACAAAAUGGAAAUUAAAGCAUCUGGGAAAGUCAUCAAUACAACAGGACAAAUCCAAUCAAAUGAGAAAACAGUUGAGCUUGAGGCCAGAAUCAAUUUUGAAGAAUGGAGCAAUGGAACAAAAUUUAUGUGUAGCAUCGAACACGAAUCAAAGGCAGACCCCACAGAGAUUUUGUAUACCAGAGAGAUUGGUGGAAAUGUGAAGAGACCCUCUGUUUACAUAUUAGCACCCCCAGAACAAAUACAGAAUGAAACGGUGACCCUGACAUGUUAUGUGAAGGACUUCUACCCCAAAGAGGUGUUUGUGUCUUGGCUUGCUGAUGAUGACCAUUUGAAACCUGGGAAUGGGUACAUGCAGAACACUAGUGUGCCAAUGUUGAACAAUAAAUACUUUAGUGUCUAUAGUCAGCUCUCACUUCCGUCUUCUACGUGGAAAAGUGGUACAGUGUUUAGCUGUGUUGUGUACCAUGAAAGCAUUGAUCAGUCUUUGCAAAUAUUGACAAGAUCUAUUAACAAUAAUUCGGAAAAACCCAGCAUAUUUAAUCUAAGUUUGAAUACGCCUGCUUGCAAGGGAUGUCUAAUCUCUUUUUCAACAGCAAAUCGUGUCACUAAACCCAAUAUCACUUUGCUGAGUAGAGCGGAUGGUGAUAAAAUCUUGAUAGAGUGCCAGGUGAAUAAUUAUUACCCGGACAAACUUACUGUAAAGUGGCUUAGGAAUGAGCAGGCCAUCAGCACUUCUUUAUCAAACAGAAAGCUUCAGAAUGGUGAUGGGAAAGAGAAAACCUUUACUUUCAUGAGUCAGUUACCUAUCAGUGUUCAGGAUCGGGCCACACUGUAUACUUGCAUAGCCACCCACAAUUCUGUGAAUAUCACACAAAGCUAUAAUUUGUGCACGGACUUGCCAAAACCUUUGAUCCAUUUAAAGAAACCCCAUCUCAGAGACAUAAUGAAAGGGGGGGGAGUAACAACUACUUGUGUUGUUGAAGCACCCCACAACACAGAAGUGUCAUGGUUGGUAAAUGGUGCAAGUAAAAAAGCAACCAGCCAAGUCAAAACAGACCUGUAUAGUAGCAGAACACAGAUUGUUAGUAAUAUGACUUUAUCCAAAGAAGAUUGGUUGAGCCUUAGGCCCAUUGUUUGUAUGGCAAAACAUCCAUGUGUCCAAGAAGAGACAGCUGCAAUUGAGGCUGAAACUAUACUGAAAAAUCCUGUUGUGGUGAUCAGGAGGCCUUUCAGAGAAUCAGAAAGUGCUGUGUUAGAGUGUGUUGUACGAGAUCUUCCUUGUAGUGAGGUGUGCAUCACCUUACAGGCCAAUGGUGAUGAUAUCUCAGAGAUCAACUGUGUGGAUGUGACCCAAUCUGAGAACAUUCAGUCCCUGACCAAAGUUUUCACAAUACCCAAGGAGCACCAGAAAAAAGACAAAACCUUUACUUGUACAGUUCGCAGUCUUUCCAAAAGUUGGACAUCAAAACCUACUGGAAAAAUUUUCGGUGAUCCUACGGUUGAGCUCUCAGUUGUUCCCAAUGUGAGUGGAUCUAGUUCAAAUCCUGAGAAGCUGGUGUGUUCUGGGACAGGAUUUGACCCAAAGAUCACUUGGCUUCCAAACUCUGAAACGAAAACUGGCCCAGUUGUCACAAUUGGGGAAAAUGGGUGUGUUAAAGUGUACAGUGAGAUGUUGGUGUCACAACAAGAGUGGAAUCAAGGAGUGACAUUUACAUGUAAAAUCACUGAUCAGCUAAAUGCCAAAACUAUUCAUAAAAACAUCAGUAUCUGUGCAGUGAAUGAACGUAGCAGUCAGCUGGCAGAUGUCUACUUGCUGGGUCCCUCCCUCAGUGAUGUGAGAUCCAGGACUAACGUUAUCUUGACCUGCUUGGUUAUUGGUCACCGUGUCAAAGACUUCACUGUCCAAUGGAAAACGGACAGAACCAAUUCCAAUUUACCUCAUAUCACCCAACCUCCUCAAGAUCAUGCCAAUGGGACUCAAAGCGUCCAAAGUACUUUGAAGGUGCCUGUCCGCACAUGGGAUGCAUAUAAUGUGUUCACCUGUGAAGUUAAACCUUUAUGCUCUGGAGACACAAAGAAGAAGCACAUCUCAAAAACCAGAGACCUCAAACGGCCUACAGUGAGGAUCUUCAAACCCUCUGACAGUGAUCUCUCUGGAUCUCAAAAUACCAGUCUUCUCUGCAUGAUCACUGGAUUCUUCCCAUCUGAAAUCUCAGUGCAUUGGCAACUGAAUGUGACUCAACUGGAUGCGUCUCGCUUCAUUAACAGUCCUGUUGUUUCUCAUAUUGGAGCAGAGGGUUAUUCAAUAUAUAGCUCCUUAAUACUGCCUGUGUCAGAGUGGAAGGAGGAUAUAUACUCUUGUAUUGUUUCUCACGAGUCAUCUCAAAAUCCAAUUAUUGCUACUUUGGAGAACUUGUAUGCUUCGUUGACCCACACUGCUCCUACUGCAAACCUGCUGCAGGGUUCAAAUGAGCUGGUGUGUCUGGCAUUUGGUUUUAGCCCAUCUGCCAUCAACAUGACCUGGCUGCUGGGCUUGACUGAGAUGUCUGACCAUAGGGUCACCAGCCCUGCAGAAGGCCCCGAUGGAAAGUUUAGCAUCCGAAGUCACCUGCAUUUACCACCUACAAAUUGGGCACCCGGAGAGGUGUACUCAUGCAGGGUUACUCAUAUUACUGGUGUCCUCUUGCUUAACAUCUCCAAGCCAGAAAUAUUUGAAGAGGCUAUUUUUAUGAAUGAAAACAAAGCCGAAUCUAUUGCACACGAGUCUCUCGAGGAAGCAUGGAAAAUGGCCUGUUCCUUCCUCGUUCUUUUCCUCUUAUCUCUCUUCUAUGGUUGCACGGUCACUCUGGUCAAAGUGAAGACGACAUGAGCGAGUGUGUCAGUUUUCCAUUCUUUUUUUCUUAAUUGAAUAAGGCUACUACUGUUUUAGUAAAAUGAUGAUGAGUAUGUUUUAAGCUUUGCAUACAUUAUAUAAUUACUUGAAAGUGGAAAUUAUAAAAUUUUGGUUGUCAAAUAAAACUGCACCAUGUUAAAAUAAACUAAGUGUUUGUUCAA